AUGAAUAAGGCAAAGUGUUCAAUCAUUUCACUGGCCCUCAAUGCCAUCGUAAGCAUGAUAAGGGAUAUUGCUAAAAGAUUGUUAGAUGAGUGUCACAAUUUGAUGGUGAUAGCUAAAAGAAAGACGGUCGGACCAAAAGAAGUGACAGUAGCAACCAAAGUUACAAUUCAUGAGAUUGGAUGUCAAAGAGUCAGCAAACUUGCUCUUUUCUUUAUUACUGGUGUCAUUGAUUGUUUGGCACAAAAGGUUAUCAAUGCUUCUAUUGAUCAAUCUGUACUAGAUAAAAAAAAUAGGCUUAAUUCAAAUCACAUUAGACUUGCAUUAGGAUGUAAAAAAGAGACAACUUCGUCAUCAUUAAAUUUGCUAAAAUUUCAUACAAUACAUUUAUUAUAUUUACUUAAAUAUGAAAGAGAUAUAGCUGAAAGAAUAAUAGAAGAGGCACAAUGUAUGGUAGCAAAGGAGAGUAAAAAGACAAUCACAGUAAGGGAAAUCCAAUUCGCUACUAGAAUUAUACUGGAUGGCGCUGUUGCAAUGCAUGCCAUCGUACAAGGCAUGUUUGCUGUGGAAUCUGGUGGGGAAAAGAAAGAACGUCUCACAUUAAAAGUAUCAUGGUACCAACAGCUAUUCGAAGAGAUGGGAUAUAGAACCCAAAAACUUGCUCCUCUCUAUCUUACUGCUGUUAUAGAGUACGUGUUAAUAGAGAUUCUCGAGCUUUCCUAUAUGCAUGCAAUGGAAGAGAAAGAAACGGAAAUCACUCCAGGUCACAUCAGACAUAUUAUAUCACGUGAUUGGGAAUUAUUUAAAGUAUUCCCACGUUCAAGUGUCAUUGCUGGUGCAGGUCUCUUGCGUUAUAUCGAUCCCAAAACAGAGGUUAUCACUAAAUCCAAUGAUAGUGACGAUCAAGAAGAUAAUAAUAGUAGUCACAAUGAUGAUGAUGAUGAUAAUCAAGAUGAUGAUGAUGAUGAAGAUGAUGAUGAUGAUGAUGAAGAUGAUGAAGAAGAUGAUGAUGAACAAGAACAAGAAGUGGAGCAAGAAGAUGAAGAAGUUGAGAAUCUCGAACACCUUUUCAGUGAAUUGGAUCCAAAUCUUGAGGGCACUCAAGAGCAGCUUAAUAAUAACAAUAAUAAUAAUAAUAAUGUUAUAUUUAAAUGUAAUGGACCAACUGAACACCCAUUAAAAGUUUGGUGUCAACAAGAAUUUGAUGAAUGUUAUUUUUAUUUAGAGGAACCAAUCUCUAGAUCAAAGAUUGCAGCAUUUGACAUGGACGAUACUCUUAUCAGAACAAAGUCUGGUGCCAAGUUUGCUCAAUCACAAUCGGACUGGCUUUUCUGGGAUGAUAAAGUUCCAUCAAAGAUUGCUGAAUACUAUAGACUUGGAUACCAAAUUGUAAUUGUUACAAAUCAAGGUGGUAUUGGAAUACACGGCAGACACGAUCACACCAAAUUCUCUCAAGUCAGUGGAAAGAUUCAAGACCUAUUUAGAUUUUGGAAUAUGCCAUGUAUUGCUAUUAUGGCAUGUGAUGUCGAUGGUUUAUGGCGUAAACCAAGUAAAUUAAUGUGGAACUUCCUCGUUGAAGAGUGUACAGAUGGUUCUGUAUCUAUCAACAGUAAAGAUUGUAUAUAUGUUGGUGAUGCUGCUGGAAGACCAGACAAUUGGAAAUCAGGAAAGAAAAAAGAUUUUGCAUCAUCAGAUCUUGGAUUCGCACUUUCAUCUGGUAUUGCAUUCAAAACUCCAGAAGAAUUCUUUUUAGAUGAACCUCCUUUUGUGUUUGAUCAGACAGUAGGUGCAAAUGGAAUCAUUUCAAGUGACAAGAUACCAAAGGUAGCUACAACAGGUGAUAUUAUCCAAGGUGGUGCUAAUAUCAUUCCACCAUUUCAACGUCAAGAGCUUGUUAUUAUGGUUGGUCUUCCAGCAUCUGGAAAGAGUACAUUUACAGAGACUCAUUUUGUUCCAGCUGGCUAUAGUCGUGUAAAUAGAGAUACUCUAAAGACAAAAGAAGCUUGUUAUAAGGCUUGUCAAUUUGCAUUGGAUCAAGGUAAAUCAGUUGUAAUAGAUAAUACCAAUCCAUCAAAAGAAGAUAGAAAAGUAUUCAUAGAUAUGGCUAAAAAAUUGGGUUUACCAAUUAGAUGUUUUAGAAUGAAUACACCACUCGAUUUGGCACAACAUUUAAAUUACUUUAGAGAAAGAAAACAAGGUGUCAAACAUGUUCCAAAUAUUGGAUACAAUAUGUUUAACAAAUGUUUACAGGAACCUCAAUUGAAUGAAGGAAUCGAUGAAAUCAAUCAUGUCAAUUUCAUUCUCAACAUCAAUCCAAAUGAUGUCAGCAACUGGAACAUUCCAAAACCAAAAUAA